AUGAACUGGAUAUCAACAGAAGAAUAUCAUUCAACAAAUCAAAACAAUAAUCAUUCCUAUAUGUUGUCUAAUCAAUUCAAAUCACAAAGGAAUAUUAGUCAACUGGAAUCAUUAAACAUAGAAACAGAUGUUAAUAACACUAAUAAUAAAGCUUCAUUCACACAAUGUUCAAAUUUAUCAUCAUUAGUUGAGAAUCCCUAUCACAUUACAACAUCAAGACAACAAUUAUCAGAAAAAUCCAUACGAAUCCCAGUAAUUCCUAGUUUACCAAUGGAAAAUGUUAACUGUAUAAAUAAUAAUGUACAGAAUUGUAUUAAUUGUAAAGGCGAUUUAAUAAACUAUUUGGAUAAUGUAAACUUCUCCUAUAAAAAUGUAGAUGAAAUUGAUCAUUUAUAUAAGAAACUACGAAAAAAUUUAAAACAAAACAGUUUACUUGAAUAUUAUUUUCUAUUAAUUCUACAACAUUUAUUUAAAUCAUUAUUAUUAUUUAAGUAUAAUUCUAUGGAUAAUAAACAUAAACAUAUACAUACAACAUACAUGUAUAAUACAUAUUAUAUUAUUAUUAUAUGGAAAAAAUUUAUUGAAAAUUGUCAUUUAUUAAUAUGUUCAAUUAAAACAAUUCAUCAAAAUAAUUUUCAAACAUUGAAUAUUGUACAAAAAUAUAAAAGUAAAAGUUUAUUAGAUUUAACAAAUUUUAUAAAUUAUGAUAAUUAUCCAUGGAAUAUAUCAUGUACAUAUAAAUCUUUCACUCAAUGCUUUAGAUCUAGUUUACCAAUAUUGAAAAUUGAUCAACCUAUACUUAUGAAUGUAAACCCUAAUAAUAAUAAUAAUAAUAAUAAUAAUAAUAAUAAUAAUAAUAAUAAUAUGGUUAAAAGUACAUCAACUAGUGAUUUCGAAUCGAUUUGUUCUGAUAAUGAUCUACUAGAUAAACAUAUAGAAAGUGAACAUUUAACAAAUAUUUUCAAUCGAAAUAUUUGUCUAUCUGAAGAAUUAGAUACAGAAACUAAAGACGCACAAAUCAAAUCUAAGAUAACUUUGGAAUUAUCAAAUUUAAAAUCUUCUAACAAGAAUAUAUUUGAAAGUUUAGAGAAGAUUAGUUCAUCUACAAAUAAUGAAUUAACACAUUUAUCUAUGUCUAAUAGUAGUUGUUCUGUAUUGUAUCCACAGUUACCAAUAAUCUCUAUACCAGCCCCACCACCAUUUAAUCCCCCUCCUCCUCCACCUCCACUCCCUGGAACUUUUUUUUCUUCAUCAAAAAUAUCAUUUACGUCAGGAUCAGGUAAUACUUCAACUGAAGAUGAAAAAUCCCGUCAUCAAGAAAUACAAAAUCAAAUAGUAUCCAGUACUAUAAAUGUAAACGAAUCUAAUAUACAUAAGCUAAAACCAUUUCGUUGGACAAAAGUUUAUACAUCUAAAUAUAAUAAUGUAUGGAAUAACAAUAAUUGUACAUGCUCGGAAACGUCUGAUCAUAAUGAGACUGUAAGAAGAAAACCAAUCAGCUUUAUUAAUCUGAGCAAAUUAAAUGUCCUAUUUGCUCAGAAGCAAAAACUUUCUAUGAAAAAUCCUGAAACGAAAAUAUCACCAAACACUGAGUUGUUUCGCCUACCAAUGUCAACUGAUAAACAAACAGUUGAAAGAGGAAUUAAUUAUGACUCUUUUCAUCAGGAAUUCUCAGGUGAAAAAAAUAUACAAGAAAGCAAUUUAACAGUGCCUCCAACUUCGGAUCGUAAACUACUUUGUGCUAUAAAUUCUUAUCCCAUACGUGGGAGAUCACUUUCAUCUUCGCGUACUAUGGAGUUUAGUCAAAAACAUAAUGAGCCCAACUUAUUGGAAAGUCAACGGUGUUUGAAUAUAAACAUUUUUCUACGUCAGUUUCGACAUAUUCAUAUAAACUUACUCGAUCUGAUUGAUCAGUGUGAUGGUAGUUUAAUUGGUUCAGAACGGUUAAAAGAUUUGAUUAAAUUACUUCCAACAGAUCAAGAAAUAAAGUGUUUAAAAGCAUUUCAAGGUAAUGUAAAUUAUAUGGAUCCUGCUGAACGAUUUUUUUAUGAUUUAGUUAGAAUACCAAAAUAUUAUCACAAAAUUGAUAGUAUGUUACUGAAAGAAGAAUUUCAACCAACGAUCAAGUGGAUAAAAUCAUCACUAGAUAAUGUAAUGAAAACCAGUCAAGAAAUACUAACAUCUCCAUUAAUUUGUGAAUUACUUCAAACUGUCUUAGAAAUCGGCAAUUAUAUGAAUGAGGGUAACAAUCUCGGAUCAGCAUUUGGCUUCAAACUUUCCAGUUUACUAAAACUUUCUGAAGUUCGAUCAAAUGAUUCAAAAUUCACUCUAUUACAUUUCCUUGUUCAGGAGUUUACGACAAAUAAUCCACAAAUGUUAAGAAUUACCGAAACAAUACCAUAUUUAAAGGAAGCAUCAGAUGUAUCACUUGACUUAAUUAUAAAAGAAAUUAACCGAUUCAGAAGUAGAUUACAAAAUAUGACUCAACAAUUUGAUCCAGAAACAUUUGGAAAACAAUCAAAAAUUUGUGAAUUUAUCGAGCAAUCAAAUAAAGAACUAAAUGAUGUACAAAAACAAGUGGAAAAACUUCAAGAAUUAGAAAUAAAGUGUGCACAAUAUUUCUGUGAAUGUCCAACACAAUUUAGAAUUACAGAGUGCCUACAAACAUUCAGUUUAUUUUUUGAGAAAAUGAAGUCCACAGAGCAAGAAAUAAAAGAAUUUGAACAAAUGAAUAAAGAGAGAUUGGAAAGAUUAAAUAAAAAUGAUACAUUGAAUCAAGCAAAUACAAAAUAUAAUCAUAAAAACAGUCGAAUAGCAGAAGAUAAACCAAAAUCAAGCCAUGAUGAUCAUAAUACAAUGAUGAAUCUAAUUUCUAACAAUAUAUCAAAUCCUAGAGUAGCAAACAAUCGAUCAAGAAGUCGUUCUAAUGCAAAUAAACUUAAUUUUUCAAACUCUUCAAAUUCAUCAUCUAAAUUCACCAAAGAAAAUAAUAAACUGAGUAAGGACAAAAGUAACACAGAUGAAUUGAAUAUGGUCUCAAAACCUACUAUUUCACAUUCUACGUCAGUGUUUGAACACUUAUCGACAAACACAAAUGAAAAGCACAAUAAUAUUAGAAUAAGAUCGCGUCAAUCAGUUGGACAUCGUAUGAAUACUAAAUUUCAAAUAAUUAACAAUGAAUUUGAACGUGAACGUAGGCCAUGGUCACAGAUAGAAAAUCAAUCAAUUAAUUCUCCCAAAAAUGAAAUUAACCAACAGUUAGAUGAAUCGAAAGCCAAUCAAAGUAGUGAUGAAGAGACAGUAUAUCGGUUGAAUGAACGAAUUAAACGAUUAACAUUAAAAUUUAAUAAAAGCUAA